ACUUAUCUCCCUCUCUGCGGCUCUGCGGAACUCAAACGCAAUCCAGACGUGAGGUGUGGCCUCCGGCAGACCGCGCCCAGUGCCCCGCCCACACACGGCUUAGCCCACCCGGCCCCCUUUGCGAUCCCUGCCGGAAGUCGCGAGGGACGGAGCUUUUUCAUGGAGACACUCCGGAGAGCCGCGCUGCGAAGUUUUGAGAGUUCUCGGCUAAGCCCUGGGAGCGCCAGGCAAGGGUGCGGGGUAAAUGCUAAACCAGAGCUCAGACGCAUAGAAUCGCUGGCUCCUUAGCUGCAGGCGGAAAUGAGGCCGGACCUCACAAUCCCUAACUGACCCGGCUGCCUCGCGGGGUGGGGUCAGCCGGUUCUCCAAAGGCGCCUAGAAGAGGGGGGCAGCGUUUAAAUAAAAGGCUUUGUUGUUCUGAGUCCCUGCUUUUCCGCGUCCAGUGAGGCUGUGGCAGUUCACCUAUUUGUAAAGUGGGGUCAUAAGUUCGUGCCUCGUAGUGGGGAAAUUGAGACGUAACGUGGAGGCCGCGUGCUCUCUGUCGAAGCCGUCGGCUCCACUUCGGCCCGCGAACGUUCCCCCCCCCCCCACUCCACCCUCUGACCGUUUUUCUGGAGAGGAUAGUCUUCGUUCUUUUCUGUUCUUGGGAAUUAAGGACGGCCCCUUGGUCGCUGUAGCGCACCUUUCACGGGUUGGGGGCGUACCCGGAUGUGCUCCUACGGAAUCCGGCUGAGCCGCGCGGCGUCUCACCACGGCGACGGCGGGGGCCCCGCGGCGAUUCUGCCGCUGCGCCUGCUUCUGCUCGGAGAACUUGUACGUGGCGCGCUACGGGCUGCACCUACGCUUCCGCAGCGAGCAGCAGCUGCGCCAGGAUUACGGUCCUGAGGGGAAACUGAGGCUCAGAGAUGUUAAAGGACUUGCACAAAGUCACGCAAUCAUGUUCACUGGUCUUUCUGCUCCCAGAUCCUGCGCAGCCGAGGCUGUGUCAGCACCAAGGACUUCCAACAGCUCUUGGCAGAGCUUCAGCAGGAGGUGGCACGGCGGCAGAGGCUGGGGCAGGAGUCAGCUGCCAGGAAAGCCCUCAUCGCCAGUUCUUACCACCCAGCACGGCCAGAGGUUUACAAUUCACUGCAGGAUGCAGCUCUGGCUCCUGAGUUUCUGUCCGUUGCAGAGUACAGUGCAUCUCCAGGUGCAGACCUCCAAAGCCUUCUCCAGCGGCUGCAGACAGUAUCAGAAGAGAAGCGCAUCUACCGGGUGCCUGUAUUUACUGCGUCUUUCUGCCAAGCCCUGCUGGAGGAGCUGGAGCAUUUUGAGCAGUCAGACAUGCCCAAGGGAAGGCCCAACACCAUGAACCAUUAUGGGGUGCUGCUGCAUGAGUUGGGCCUGGAUGAACCACUGGUGACACCACUGCGGGAACGCUUCCUGCAGCCAUUGAUGGCCCUGCUGUACCCAGACUGUGGUGGGGGCCAGCUUGACAGUCACCGCGCCUUUGUGGUCAAAUAUGCACCAGGCCAGGACCGUGAGCUGGGCUGCCACUAUGAUAAUGCUGAGCUCACUCUCAAUGUGGCCCUGGGCAAGGCCUUCACAGGAGGUGCCCUAUACUUUGGAGGCCUCUUCCAGGCACCAGCAGCCCUGACAGAGCCCCUGGAGGUGCAGCAUGUGGUGGGCCAGGGUGUCUUGCACCGGGGCGGACAGCUGCAUGGGGCCCGGCCGCUAGGCACUGGUGAGCGCUGGAACCUCGUGGUGUGGCUCCGGGCCUCUGCUGUGCGCAACCGCCUCUGUCCUAUGUGCUGCCGUGAGCCAGACCUGGUGGACGACGAGGGAUUUGGUGAUGGCUUCACCCGGGAGGAGCCCACCACGGUGGAUGUGUGUGCGCUAACUUGAGCCUGGUUUGGCCCAGUGGUGGUGGGGAGGUGGUGUGGCAAGUGAGGACUUGCCAUCUCAGGUUGGAAGGGGCAGAAAUAAACUUGCAACCAUGGAACUCCUUGGAUCAAAAGGUUAGGCCAGCAUCUGGGUCAUUAUUUCCAGAGGUAGGCUGGCUUAGUGCAGGUUUGCUUGAAGCAGACCUUGAUAUGGGGAUUCAUGGAGGGUGGAUCCUCAGAGGGGAGUAGGGGGAAGCAGGAGAGGGUACUGAAAAUGGCUUCACAAAGAUGUGGUUUCAGGUGACAGUCCAGCAUCAGCCUGCUCCUGGGGAGCUCCAGAGCUAGAAUUCCCACAGUUGGUUCCUAGUAACAGUUAGUGGCUCCUGGAUAGAGCUGCAGAGGCAGGAGUAACUUCCCAGACAUCUGCCUCCAGGGGAGGGUGGCUCCCAGUGGCUGCAGGAGGCCUUCAAUGAAGAGUAUUAGUGGUGGACAGCACCAAUUGCAACCUCUGAAGGGUGUAAAAGGCUUACUUGGAGAAAUCAAGAACAGAUUUCUGGAGCCAGACUACCUGGAUUCAGAUCCUGGCUCUGCCACUUUCCACUGUGUGGCCACGGGUGACCCACUGACCUCUAUGCUCUAGGUGCUAUUGUGAGAAUCCAAUGACCUAACACAGAUAAAGUGAUUUAUAUAAGC